UUGUAUACGUUCCUUAAAGAAUAUUAACACUUAUUUCAUUUCAACAUUUAUUGCGGAGUAAAACACUCGCAUUAAAGGCGGUUUAUACGUCCACAGCCUCCAGGGACUGUUGACUUCUACCUUAUAUAAGGACCGGAGGGCAUUCUCUCAGGUUAAUACAGAGUAAUCAUGGUCUCCCCCAAACAGGAUAGAGACCCAAACGGAAUCAACAUACACGUACAGGCUGACUUUGAGGAUGUGUUCGCGGAGAGUGACGGCACCCAAAGCUUCGACUGUGUGUGGGAAACUUCUCAGCAAUGUUUCUGGUGCAGCAAAAACUGUUGUUACAACUUUAUGGCUGUCUUCUGUGGACUCUGCAUGGCCUUCUUCUGGGGAUUCCAGUUUGCCUUCGUGGCGUUUGAACACGUGUGGUGUGUGACUCCUGCGUUACGGAUCCUUGUCAUCAACUGUAGCGCCAUGCAGAAAUGCGUCGGAAAUCUCGUCGGCUGUAUUCUCGCGCCACUUUGCGAGACGUGCGGUCUUAUUUUUUCCAACAUUUCUAUCCAGCACAGUGGAACCAAGGGGUAAUACAGUGUUCCGUUCAUGUCGUGAUAUCCCACGCGUUACAUCCGGUCAAGACGAACAUAUGUAGACAUUCUGAUAGUUUACAGUUUUAUUUCCAGCCAUAAAACUGCAUUUCCUUGUGUGUGUUUACAAACUUGAGACUUACUGUACGAGCGAAUUUUGCGAUGUUUUUAAACGGCAGUUUGUAAAUCAUUGAUUGAGGUUUUUUGUAUAACAUUCCAGGAAACUCAACAUAUUCAAAGUCACGUGCAAUUGUAUUAAGGUUUCAAACUAGACCAAGACAAUACAUGUUACGAUAUGAAAUUGAGAAAUCUCAACCAUUGGGUUAAGUUUUCUAUUUGUUCAAGACGAGGCUAACCUAACACUAUGAUGUCACAAUAUGUGUUUAUGUCCUGGCAAGAUAGGACAGAGAAAUCUAAUACGGGAUAGUAUAAUGGGGUCAUUCUGUCAGACCACCAUCCCUAAUUGUAAAAUAUAUAUAGGUACACUGUAUUUAUUUGAAAUUGUUAUAAAACAACUGAUGUUGAUCACUCUCUUGGCCCUGAUGGGAGUUCAGAGGGUCUUUAUGUGGGAGGAAACGGAGUACCCAGAGAAACCCACGUGGUCGAGCAGGUGACCCUAUACAUUUUCGAGUCCGAGUUCGUUUUAAAAAAAAUCCGUGUUAUAUCAAUGCAUAAGAGUAGGUUAAAUAAACUUCUAAAGAGAAAAAUAGCAGAAAGUGAAACUUGUAAAGAUUGAUUUAUUACUAUGGGAAAGGUUGUAAGAGUAUAAGAGAUAAUCCUUACUCUACAGCAGGAACACGUGUCGGCACGUCACUUCCGUAG